CUCCGGAGAGAGUGAGACACCAGAGACAGAGGGAGAUGGCUGAAGGGAAGGGACAGUGGACCGGGUCAAGAACGACUUUGGAAACCAGCCUAAGGUGACCUUGAUCCUGCAGAGCAGUGUUCAGAGUCCAGAGAAACAAAUACAAAUCACAGCGAUCCGCACACACUGCAGACAGGACACAUCUCCAAUCAUCAGUAUCCGCUAAUUCCCCCUGAAGGAUUACCAAACUCAUCCCUUUUUGGAUUUCUGAUAAAGAAAACGCUUUGGAUCAGUCCCUGCUGAGUAUGAAGAGUGCUCUCUGUCUGCAGUGCAUUGGCUGUGGUUCCUCAGCGAGGUUUGAUGUACCUCAGGUGGACCUGCUAGAGCUGCAGCUCCUGAGGCCCAUGGCCCCUGUUUCUCUCCUCCAGUGAGAGGUGAGCCAAGCUGGCCUCCCCGGCCCCCUCCCUGCCCCCGGCCCCGACCUGGACCCCGACCCAGACCCCGAUCCUGACGGGCUGCACCCACACGAGGAGCAGUAUGUGAGCGAGGCCGAGGCCAGCCUGCUCCCCACGCAGCCGGAGCCCCCCGCCUGCAGGGACGCAGAGACCAUCACAGAUGUGUGUAACAGCACCGACCUGCCAGAGUUCGAGAUCAUCAGCCUGCUGGAGGAGCAGCUGCCGGUGUACCGGCUGAGGGCCGACACCGUCUACGGCUACGACCACGAUGACUGGCUGCACACGCCGCUGGUCGCCCCGGACACCAGGAUCGACCUGACCACCGAGCAGAUCGAAGAGACCCUCAAAUACUUCUUACUAUGUGCAGACAGAGUGGGCCAGAUGACGAAGACUUACAAUGACAUCGAUGCUGUCACACGUCUGUUGGAGGAGAAAGAGAGAGACUUGGAGCUGGCUGCAAGAAUCGGUCAAUCGCUUCUUAAGAAAAACAGAACUCUGACCGAGCAGAAUGACUAUCUGGAGGAGCGAGUGGGACAAAUCACAGAAGAGGUGGCUCAGCUGCACCAUGAGCUGAACCUGAAGGACGAGCUGCUGCAGUUUUACACCAACUCCGUCGAGGAGAGCGAGGACGAGUCCAGCAGCUCCCCAACGGGUAAAAGAAGUAAAGUGGAAAUCGCUCCGGGGGGCACGCUGCAGAGGAAACUCAAAGAACUGGAAGAGGAGAACCUCUCUCUGCGCUCAGAGGCAAACCAUCUGAAAUCGGAGACAGAAAUAUAUGAAGAAAAGGAGCAGCAGCUUGUCAACGACUGUGUGAAAGAGCUCCGGAUGUCCAGUCUCCAAAUUAACACCAUAGCGGAGGAGUUGGCUCGUAAGACUGAAGACGCUUCCCGCCAACAGGAAGAUAUCACACACCUGCUCUCUCAGCUAGUAGACCUGCAAAAGAAAACCAAAACUUUUGCGGUGGAGAAUGAGGAGCUUUCCCAACACCUGGUGGCAGCUAAAGAUGCCCAAAGGCAGCUCACACUGGAGCUCCAGGAGUUGGAUGAGAAGUACCUGGAGUGUAUCGAGAUGCUGCAUGAAGCUCAGGAGGAGCUGAAGAACCUGAGGAACAGGAACUUCCCUGCAGGAACGCCUCGCCGCUGCCAUCCUCUGGGACUCUACCCGAUGGAUUCUCUGGCAGCAGAGAUCGAGGGAACGAUGAGGAAGGAGUUGAGUAUGGAUGACCCCGAGUGCGAGGAACAGAAAGUCCACCGGAGGCGUGUGUUUGAGACGGUGAAGAACGUGAACCAGACGGUCCGUCAGCGCUCUCUGACUCCGACCAGCAACAUCCCGGGGUCCAACCAGUCUCUGUCGGCCCGCACGUCUCCACAGUCCAGCGGCCUCUCCACGCCGUACAGCAGCAUGUACGGAGGAGACGUCAGCGGAGACAGCGUCACCCUCGAUAACCGAACGCAGAGCAUCCUGAUGGAGAAGGCAGCCAAUCAGGACAGCAGCUCAGAGGGUCGAGAGAAGAAGGCAGCCGGAGCGGAGGACCUUCGUCUCGCCCUGCGCCGCCUUUCUCUGCGUCGACAAAACAACCUGAGCGAGAGGCGCUUCUUUGAAGAGGAGAGGGUUCGGAAACGAGGAGGAAACGAAGGUCUACACGACGCCAUGGGCCAGGAGAGUGGGAUGACCCCCUCGGAAAGCAUCAUGUCCCUCGGGAACCUCCACCUUUGGGCCUCUCGGGGGCCCUACCUCCCCGACAAACUCCAGAUCGUCAAACCGCUCGAAGGCUCGGCCACGCUGCACCACUGGCAGCAGUUAGCGCAGCCUCACCUCGGGGUGAUCCUGGACGCCCGGCCGGGGGUCGUGCCGAAGGGAUACAGACCCCUGGAGCUGGAGCUUGAGCAGGUUUAUCCGUGGGGAGGCUUUGAGGAGGAAGAGCCAGGAGAGCAGUACUUCCAGAAUCUUCCCACCUCCUCCGCCUCUGCCUCGCCCGCCGUACCCCCCACCUCCACCUCCAUCACCGCGGUCACCAGCAUCGGGCAGCCUCCCACCCCCAUCCUCACUCCACCUUCACCCCCAUCACCGUCUCCACAUCUCAGCAACUUAGAUGCCUUGGCUGCAUACUACCCAGGUAAAUGCAUGGCCCACACCAGCUCCACCUACACCUUCACUACCUGUCGGAUCCUCCACCCGACGGAUGAGCUGACCCGGGUCACACCCAGUCUGAACCCUGUUCCCUCGUCGUCCUCCUGUGUGAUGACCAGCUCUCUGUUGGGGACCCCUGCUGUGACGCCCUGCACCCCCCGCAGGCUCAGCCUCAUGCCGUCCGAAUCAUCCACCAACCUCAGAGAUGCGACGCGCACCACCAGCACCUCCCUGGGGCUGGUGCGUCUCCUGCAGGAGCGAGGGAUCUCAGCAGCCAUGUAUCACCAGAGCCAGAGCCUGGAGUACGGCCAGGGCAACGGGGAGGUCCUAUUCAGCACCUCCAUCACCCCUAACAGAGCCCCAACCCCGACCCCCCUGCGCCCCUCCACGCUUCCAAACUCCCCCACGGGACCGGGUGCUUCAGCCGUGCCUACGUCCGCUGGCUUCGACUUCAAAAGCCCUUCCUACGACAACUUCCUCACCUCCAGACCGGCCCGCUCCAUCCUGAAGGAGGUGACGGGGAGGAUGAGGGGCCGGCAGAGAGGGAGGGACUGCGAGAGCCAGACGGACGUUAGCGUGACCGCACACAACCUCAACCUGCUGGACAAAGUGAAGAGGUUGGGUGUGGCCGGAGCUCCAGGGGGGAGAACCAUGAGUCCUGGGCCCAUCCUGGGGCCUCUGGGCGGGCUGCGGCGGUCCGGCUCCCCCUUUGGACCCGAUGGGAUGAGGAGGAAUCCAGCCAUGGUGGGGGCCGGCAUGGCUAUGAAAGGCCCAGGACCUCAGGAGUAGUCUGGACUGCUGCUGGGCUUUAGGGUGGCUGGAAACUGAUUGAAAAUGACUGACACUGUUCAUAUUGUUCGGCAACAAAAACAGUUUUGAAUCACUUCUGGUUCCACACUGACACUUUCCACUCUUAAAAUGCUUUAAGGUGGUGGCCCAUGCUUUAAUUAAAAGCAAAAAACCAAAAUUCCCCAAACAAUAUUAUUGCAAAAAAAAAAUAGUUUUAUCCCAGAAACGACUCAGAUAUCUGUACAUUUGGACACAGAUAUAUACAAUGUGGGCAUAUAAAUUAAUUUUAUGAAGCUAAAUGUUAUGUAAUUGGGUGAAAUGACCCUUCAAAAUCUGAUUUUUAUUGAAAUAUCUCCAAAUGCUUUCAGCUCACAUCCCUGCUUUGGAUACUGACUCUGCUGGCUAGAUGUAGUACUCCCACUCUCGCCUUUUUUCUGAAACACAUCCACAAAGUCCUACACAUGAACACACACACACAAACACACACACACACACACACACAUACUGAGGUGCACUCUGUUAAAUGUGCCAUCACACUAGUUGGCUCGUUGUCAUCUCUGUAGCACUAAACCAUGCCUUUCUUGUUCUCUACUGUUGGAUUGAGAUCAAUAAUUUAUAAAUGAUUCAAAACUUUACACCAACACUCAUGAAAAUAUGUCACAUGUACCCUUAUUAUUUCCAGUGGUGGGCUGUAUCUAAGAACAUUUACUCAACUACUGUAAUUAAGUACUAAUUUGAGGUACCUUGACUUUACUUGAAUUUUUUUUUUUUUGCCACCGAUAUCUUAUGACUCGUCACUUUACUUUUAAGUUAAGAAUUGUACGUACGGAACAUAUGAAGAACAAAAUAUUGAACAACAUAUCGUAUUGCCUGAAACAAUUAGUGGGUUGACAAAAAAACAACUGGCUAAUUCAGAUCAGUCAUUUUAUGCUUAAAUACAUUUAAUGGUUCUGGCUUCGCAAAUUUGAAGAGUUGCUGCUUUUCCUUUUAAUUAUUUUUUAUUUAUUAUUACACUUUUACAUUUUCCUGCUUUUAUUUAAAGAGGUCCUAUUAUGCUUUUUGGGGAUUUCCCUUUCCUGUAGUGCAGGGGUGUCAAACUCAAGGCCCGGGGGCCAAAUCCGGCCCUCGACUUAAUUUCAUGUGGCCCGCAAGAGCUUGCAAAGAAUAUAAUAUGUUUAUUACACGGUUGAAUGCCGCUUCACAGAAGCACGUUGCACAUAAACUACAUGUCCCACAAUGCAUCUCAUUCUAUGACUGCACACUGGAGACUUGCAAUUAUUUGCUCUAGACUUCUGAUAUAUAUAUUUAUUUAUAUUUAUAUAUAUAUAUAGUCUUAAAGUUUUGCACUGGCUUUUAGUUGAACAUAACAUUUUGAUAUUUGUAUGUGUUUCUAUAUGUUUCUAGUUAUUGUGCUUUUUAUCUUGUUUGUAAUUAUCGUUUUAUUAUUUUACUCCAAUUGUGUUAUUUUAUAUUUGUUCCCUGUACAGCACUUUGGUCAA